UCGGUUUUCAAAUCAAGCUAAGCUAGAGCUAACCAUGGCAGCUGUACGAGCUCAAAACGAUGGCGUCCGCGGCCGGAGGAAGUCAUCGUCGAGAGGGCACCAUAGAUUUGUGGGAGUGAGGCAGAGGCCGUCGGGAAGAUGGGUGGCCGAGAUCAAAGACUCGUUGCAAAAGGUCAGGCUUUGGCUUGGCACUUUCGAUACUGCUGAGGAUGCUGCUAGGGCUUAUGAUGACGCUGCGCGGACUUUGCGCGGCGCAAAUGCCCGCACCAAUUUCGAACUGCCUCAAUCGAAUGGUGCGGGCGGGGGAGAUUCGGGGAUGGAAAAUGUGGAACCGUUUUCGUUUGAGGAUGUUUGUGGCAAUGGAGCUGAAGAAGACGGCUUGCUUGGUGCGCUCAAGGCCAAGUUGCUUGAUGGCAAGGGAUUUAGUCGGGUGCAAGAGAAGAUUGAUUCGUCUCCUCUAGUUGUGCCACGUGGCGGUGGUUUUGGAUUUGCAAACCCUCCGAAUCAGGACGGUUCAUAUAUAGCAAGGUCCUCAAAGGAAAAAAAAUUUAGUCACACUCGGUGUAUACAACCUCCCUCUCACAAAAAUGAUCACGUGACAGGCCACGACGUGGUAUUCCAUAUCAGUGACCAGACAGAGGUGGCCGUGUCCGGUCACGUUGCAUCGAACUCGGGCAUGGUGUGGACCAAUGAACCUCCAGCAUAUGAAGUGACUUGGUCCAACACACUUCCUAUGCCUACAUGGCCGGUACCAACUGAUCAGUCAAUUGUGAGUAUGUCAUAUACAGAUCAGUGUUCGAUGGAGUUGCCAACAACAAGUAGAGAUCAUGGUAAAGUGACCGCCGUAGGCGUGACGCAGCAGCUGUCACAGAUCGAAGGAGCAAUGGGAGGUGGUGCUUGGUCUGCAGAUCAGCAAUAUAUGCACUGUGACAACAAUUGGGCAGCUGCUGCUAACGGCACUUGGGAAUCCCAAGGCCUCUACUAUCAGCCCUCUGUUUCUGGGGUGAUUUGAUCUAAAAUAAAUCAGUUAAUUACAACUUA